UCCAAAACCAUAUACAAUUCUCAUCAUCUCGCAUAGAGAAACUUUUACAGAUCAAGAGUACAAGUACAUUUUUAGAGGGAACACAUAGCAAAAUGGGCAGCCGCAUGAAUAUGAUCAUCGGGUGCUUGAUCGUUGUGGUGGCUUUAGUGCAUAUCAAUGGUGCAAGUGCUGCAACAGUAACCUCGGCAGGAGAUUAUAAGGUUGGAGACAGCCUUGGGUGGGAUGUUCCCCCAAACACCUCAUAUUAUGCCGACUGGGCUAGCACCCAGACUUUCUUCCUUGGUGACAAAUUCUUUUUCAACUGGACGGGGACGCACAAUUUGGCGGAAGUAUCAAAGGCUGAUUAUGAUAACUGCACCAAGGUAUCAAGUUACAUUGGCAGCCCAGUCACCUACACUCCUCCAUCAACCGGUUCUUACUACUUCAUCUGCACCGUGAAUGACCACUGUGAACGAGGCCAAAAGCUGGCUCUCACCAUUUCAGCCCCAAACUUCACCACCGUCAGUGAGUCCCCGGCAGAACCGCCCAUCUCCUCCGCUUCAUCGCUCACCAUCGGUGCCUUAUUUGCUGUGCUCUCCACCGCAGCCAUCUCUUUCCAGACUUACAUGAUGAUCUAAAUGUUCCCCAAACUAUAGCUAGCA